GUGCCAUGUCCGCGCCCAGGACUCGAACCAAUGAAACACUGGGCCGCCUGCAGCGGAGCGCGUGAACUCAACCACUCGGCCAUGGGGCCGGCCCCCAUAAUAAUUAAUUUAACCCUCUCAGCAACUCCGAGUUAGGUACAUUCUCUACAUUACAGGUGAGGAAAGGAGGUCCAGAGAGGUUAAGUAACUUAUCCAAGGUCACACAGGAAGUGCAAAACUGGGAUUUGAACAAGGUUUUGGUGGAUCACCUUGUCCCACGGAGGCUCAGAAACAUCCGCUGUCCAGCUCUUUCUCGGCCUCCCAGCCUUCCUGCCUCCUCCGUGCGCUCACUGUUGACCUUGCUGCUGAAGUCAGCGGCUGGGUGGGGAGGCAGUUGCUUCUCCCCUUCUCGAGGGUGGUCCUUGUGGGAUCUGGCUUUUGCUCUUCACCACUUCUCCUUCCAAAUUCCUCUAGAAAAAGAACCCAGGCCCUGUUCAGUUCAAGACCUUAAGAAAAAAAUGUGCGUGCUACAAAAUUGACAAAGUACGAAAGAGCGGAGAGUGGAGAGUCAGCAUUUCUCUCGCACGCAGGCUGUGGUCACUGAGGUCUCCUUCCAGCCGUGGAGCAGCACUGUAUGUGUGUGUGUGUGUGUGUGUGUGUGUGUGUGUUUCACUUUUUCCUUUCCCUCUACACAAGUGGUACCUAGUAUGGUGAGGUGCUCAGUUACAGACUCUGGAGGCAAAGUUCCUGCUGUAAAUCUCAACUCUGUGCCUCCCCAGCUCUGUGGCUCUGGGCAAGUGGGUUCACCUCCCUGGGCCUCAGUUUGCUCAUCCGUGAAAUGGGAUGAUAACAGCAGCUACCUCGUGGGCUUGUUAGAGAAUUAAGCAACUUAAUAUCUGGAAAGCUCUUCGAACACUGUCUGGGCCCCAAUAAACUGGUAGCUAAUGACUAUUAUUCUCUUGUCUGCACCUUGCUUUAUUGUAUGUUAUAUGUAAAUAUAUAAUGUUUCUAUCCUUUUCCCAAUACUAUUCUCAGUUUUGCACCUUGCGUUUCUCACCAAGCCCGUGUAGUCCAGAGAUUGUUCCAGAGACACACAGGUCUCAGAUCCUUUUUGACGUCUGCAGAGCCUCCUCUAGGACCCGCGUGCCAUAAACUAUUUCCAUGUCUGGUUAAUGGACAUACGUGGUUGCCAGUCUUCCGCUGCCAUAAAUGAUGCUGCAAAGCGUACCUUGGGCCGUCAAGAUGGAACGAAGCCUCCUGUCCCUGGAGGGGCUGUAUUGCUGAGCGCGGGGUGCCAGGAGGAGACCCCAGGCUCUCUGACUCUGUGCAACGGCAAGGGCUCAGGAGUAAAACUUUCGAUGGAAAAGCCUGAUUGCGAAGAAGGACGGCCGCGCAUAACCAAUGGAAACUCCUCGAAGGCCCUCCGCGCGUACACGCCGCCUCCAGCGCCCCCUGCCGGCCGGGCCACGCGCCCGCCGCGGGCGCCCCGAGGGAUACGCGUUGCCAUGGAGACGGGCGCGGAGCGACCUCGUGGAGGGUCGAGCCGCGUUGCGCGCUGCCCCGCGAUGUUCCCUACUGGGCCUGCGUGGCCGCGACUCCGAGUCCUGCGGGCGCUGUGGGCACUGCUGGCGGUGCUGUGGGCGCCGUGGAGGCUGUUGGCGAUGCACGAGAUCCACACGUGCAACUGGCAGGUUGUCCUAAACCAGUUCACGACGGUCGGCAAGGAGGGCGAGAGCGACCGCUUCUCCGAUCAAGAGCCCCUGGACACAGUGGACAGCAUGUUCAGCCAGCUGGUGGACGCGCCCAUCAACCGGGACGAGAAAUACCUGGGCUUCCCUUACUACCUGAAGAUAAACUACACCUGCAAGGGCAAGUCCUCCGAGGCCCUGGUGCGCAAGGGCCACCUGACGGGGCUGAAGCCCGUGGUGCUGGUCACCUUCCAGUCCCCAGUCAACUUCCAUCACUGGAAGAUAGAGCAGCUGCAGAUCCAGAUGGAGGCGGCUCCUUUCCCCAACAAAGGGGGCUGCGCCACGGAGGAGGUGUGCGCCAUGAGCUGGUACACGCCCAUGCCCGUCAAGAACGGCAGCGUGCUCAUGCGCGUGGACGUCAGCAGCAACGGCCUGGGGCCCUUCGUUCCCAAGCAAAGGUUCCAGGUGAACAUCAACGGCUUCCUGCAGAGGCAGCAAGGCGACACCCCCCAGUUCACUGUGGGAAAUGAGCUCUUCCAUCUGAUCCCGCGGUACUUUGUGAACGUGCCGUCGAGGCCCUUGUGGUACACGGUGGACCAGUCGCCCGUGCUCAUCCUGGGCGGCAUUCCCGAGGAGAAGUCCAUCCUCCUGACCGACACCAGCUUCAAGGACUUCUUUCUGGUGGAGUUGAGCAUCGACAGUUGCUGGGUAGGCUCCUUCUACUGCCCCCACCCCAACUUCACCGCCACCAUCUACGACGCCAUCGCCACUGAGAGCAUCCUCUUCAUCCGGCAGAACCAGCUCGUCUAUUAUUUCACGGGCACCUAUAUCACACUCCACGAGAGCAACCGUGGCAGCGGGAGCUGGGUUCGUGUCCUGGCCAAGGAGUGCAUCAAGAAACUAUGCCCUGUGCAUUUCCAUAGCAACGGCUCCGAGUACAUAAUGGCCCUCACCACUGGCAAGAACGAAGGUUAUGUCCACUUUGGGACCAUCACAGAUGGCCGCGUGUCCUUCGAGUUGCUGCCCAGGAAGCAGUCCGUGUGCCAAGGGAUACAAGUUGUCAACUGCUCCAUAACCUGGGCCAUAUACAUGGAGGACCACCACCGCCUGCUGCUGCUGGUGGAGAUCGAAGACCCUGCCGCCGGGAAGCGUUUCCAGGUGGUCAGCUACGACCUGGUCAGUGAUUACCUGGCCAUCCUCUACACCAUCCCGGAAUUCAUCCCUGACGCCCGAGGCCUGGAGUUCCUGAUGAUCCUAGGAACAGAGUCUUACACCAACUUCCCUAUGGUGCCCAAGGGCAUGUCCUACAACCCAUACAACCACAUGCUGUUCAUCUGGGGCAACUUCCUCCUGCAGAGCUAUGACAACGAAAACUUCAUCUACCUGCUGGACUUCCCCAAGGAGCUGUCUAUCAAGUACCUGGUCAACUCCUUCCGAGGGGAGAUGGCGAUUGUCACCGAGACCGAGGAGAUCUGGUACCUCCUGGAAGGCAGCCACCGGGUGUACAAGCUGUUCCCGUCCGAGGGCUGGGAGGUGUACGUCAGCCUGCAGCGGAUGCAUCAGUCCUCUCUCCACGCCCCCAAUGAGACCAUGGUCACUCUCUUCUACGAAGACAGCAAACUGUACCAGCUGGUGUACCUUAUAAACGACCAGCAGGGCCGGCUCGUCAAGAGGCUGGUGCCCGUGGAGCAGCUUCUGAUGUACCAGCAGCUGGGCAACCGCUACAUCUUGGAGCGGCAGGGGGGCCACCUGACGCUCUCCUUCAGCAACCUCUGCCCCUUCACGGUGAUGCGCCUGCGGGACCUGCCCAACCCGCAGAUCUACACGCGCCAGGAGCGCUACCGCGCGCGGCCGCCGCGCGUGCUGGAGGCCUCGGGCUUCCACACCAGGAACUCGCUCGCCGUCUAUCAGGGCCUCGUCUACUACCUGCUCUGGCUGCACUCCAAGUACUACAAGCCAUAUGCGGACCCGGUGCACGACCCGACCUGGCGCUGGUGGAAGAACAAGAAACAGGACCACCAUUACUACUUCUACCUGGCGAGCAACUGGCAGAGCGCGGGUAACGUGCACAUUGACAUGGCCAGCUACGAAAAGAUCUACGACCUCAAGGCCGAGCACGAGCUGCCCGAGCGCAUCUUCCUGGACAAGGGCGCCAGCUACCGCUUCUCCAUCUUCCUGAGCGUCCGCGGGCACUCGUUCAAGUCGGAGGCCCAGAGCGGCUUCUCCUUCUACCUGAGGAGCCGGUUGGAUCUGGGCCUGGUGCUGGCCCACCCGCACUGCAUUGAGGCCGUGGUCUGGCAGGAGCUCCUCAUCAAUCGCAACUCGGUGCUUUUCUGGGUUACCCUCAGUGAUAAGAAGGCUUGCUUUGACCAGGGCAUUAGUGGACACCAUCUCAUGAAGACCUCCAUGCUCAUUAAGGUGGUGGGCUCGGCCGGACACUGCUUCCAGAACACGUACCAGGGGCCGCGCAUGCAAGGUAACCUGAUGGUGCCAAUGUUCAUCGGCUGCCCCCCGGGCAAGCGCCUGGCCUUCGACAUCACCUACACGCUGCAGUACAACCGCCAGCAGAACAAACACUACUUCGACUGCGUGCACGUGGACCGCGAGAUGCCCUGCUUCCUCUUCCGCGAUAUCUUCUACCCCUUCUUCUUGAUCCAAGAUUUGGUGACGGGAGAUUCUGGCAGUUUUCAGGGCAGCUACGUGCUGAAGGUGGUGGGCGGCGGGCCCACCCUGGACACCAUCAAGGAAUACAGCGAGGAGGACAUCUACCGUUACAACAGCCCCCUAGACAAGACCGACAGCCUCAUCUGGACCACGAGGAACGCAACGACCACCGAGGACCCGGCCUUCAACAUCUUGUCCCACCAGAGCUUGGGCAUCGAGUGGCUGUGUCUGGAGAACUCCCCAUGCCAUGACACCAUUCCCCAUAGCAUCUUCGCCCCCGAAUUCUUCUUCAAGGUGUUGGUGAGCAAUAGAGGUGUGGACAAGAGCACAUACUGUGACUACCAGCUCACCUUCCUGUUGCACAUCCACGGCCUCCCACUCAGUGCCACGCGGGCGCUCUUCAUCCUCGUGGUGUCGGCCAGCAUCUUUUUGGGCCUGGUGGUCCUCUACUUAAUCUUCUGCCUCCUGCUGCCUGUUAUGAUGAAGGCCUGCAACAUCCUCCGCUGGAAGAUCAACAACCUCAUCGCCUCAGAGUCCUACUACUCCUCCACCUCCUCUUCCAUGAUCUUCAGCAGCGCCUCUCGGACCAGAUCCAGGAUCGGCUCGAGGAUCAGCUCCAGGAUCAUCUCCAAGAUGGCCGAGGAGAAAACGGCCAAACCCGAGUAGACCUUGUAGAAGAAGUCGCCGGCCUGAGCCCCUUGGCUGCCCCGACCCUGCCCCCCCCCCUCAGCCCUCACAUCCUGGGCCAGCUUGGAAAUGCAGCCUGUCACCCGUCCCAGGCCUUUCUUUCUGUUUUGCUUGAAUUUUCAUUUCUCAUUCAGACCCUAAUAAAGCCUCAUUUCAGGACCAUC